GACUGUAAACACCAUACCAGAGGCACUAACUGCGAGAUGUGUGCACCUGGUUACUAUGGCGACGCCACCAAAGGAACCACCAGCGACUGCACGCCAUGUUCCUGCCCACUACAAAGCCCAGCAAACAACUUCAGUCCCACAUGCCACCAGGACGAGGACGGUCAGCUGACCUGUGACCAGUGCCAGGCAGCCUACGCGGGGCUGCGCUGUGAGAGGUGUGCCAAUGGUUAUUUUGGCUAUCCCAGUGCAGUGGGCGGUUCCUGCCAGCCUUGUGAGUGUAAUGAUAAUUUGGACCUAUCGGCACCCCGUAGCUGUGACCCGGAAACAGGGGCGUGUUUACGUUGCCAGGAAGGGUAUGGCGGAGCCACCUGCGAAACCUGCACAGAUGGUUACUAUGGAGACGCCAUUGUGUCCAAGAGUUGCCAGUCCUGUGACUGUAACAGGAACGGUUCUGUAACAGAGGUGUGCAACAAAGACAAUGGACAGUGUGAGUGUCGUCAACAUGUGGUGGGCCGGAAGUGUGACAAGUGUUUGCCGAACUGCUGGUGGGAUGUGGACAUGCAAACAUGCCGGCCGUGUGAGUGCAGCCCUCGGGGCUCCAUGUCGGAGCGCUGUGACGUGGAGGGCAGGUGUGUGUGCAGGCCGGGCUUUGUGGGCCGCAGGUGCGACCUGCCGCGCUCCAGCCUCGGCCGCAGGGAGACACAACGGCCCAUCCAACGCGUGCCCCUCCACCAGGUCCAGAGAUGGGGCAGCAGAGGGGGCUGCCCCCGCGGAGCCUACCCCGUCCCAACGGGGCCAGAGACCCACAUGCAGGCAGGGCGCGGCUGUGUGCCCUGCCACUGUAACUCGUUUGGCUCCAAGUCCUUCGACUGCAACGAGAGCGGUCGGUGUCUCUGCCAGCCGGGUGUUGCGGGGCUGAAGUGCGAUCGCUGUGCUCAUGGACACUUUAACUUCCAGGAGGGAGGAUGCACGCCCUGUCAGUGUUCUCAUGUAGAGGAUAACUGUGACUCCACCACAGGCCAGUGCAUCUGCCCCCCCAACACUGUGGGGGACAGGUGUGACAAGUGUGCCCCCCACCACUGGGGGCAUGACAUCAGCAUUGGAUGCAAGAUGUGUGACUGUCAUAAGCUGGGCUCUGUAAAACAGCAGUGUAACGUGAACACAGGCUGCUGUAUGUGUCAGGAGCGCUUCACUGGUGAAAAGUGCACCGAGUGUAAGCUUGGCUACCGCGACUUCCCACAAUGCAUUGCCUGUGACUGUGUGCUUGCUGGCUCCACCCCCGACACGUGUGACGCAGAGGUCGGCACCUGCGCCUGCGCAAGCCGCACUGGGCAGUGCUCCUGCAAGGCUAACAUCCAGGGAGUGAGGUGUGGCUCCUGUACAUCUGGUUCCUUUGGUCUGAUAGCAAGUAACCCGUUGGGCUGCAGCCGCUGUUACUGUUUCAGCCUCAGUACAGUGUGUACUGAGGCCCAGGGCCUCAUCCGCAUGAGGCUGACUCUUACUCCAGAGCAGACGGUGCUGCCCCUAGUAGACAGAGCCAACGUGAUGGCGACAACCGUGGGCGUGACCUUCCAGCACCCGGAGAUCCUGGCCAACGCCGAGCACGUCCAGCAGGAGCUGGCUGAGCCGUACUACUGGCGUCUGCCGCGGCAGUUCCGAGGCUCCAUGAUCACGGCAUACGGGGGAAAGCUUAAAUAUGCCGUCUACUAUGAGGCCCGCGACGAGUUAGGCCACACCUCCUACGAGCCACAAGUUAUCAUUAGGGGUGGGCCCAACAGGGACAAGGUCAUGGUCCGCCACAUGCCAGUGCCGCAGAUUGGCCAGCUGACACGUCAUGAGAUUGACAUGACAGAGCAUGAGUGGAGACACCUUGACAACAGCGCGAUGAGCAGGGAGAACUUCAUGGACGUCCUCUUCCGUGUUGACUACGUGCUCAUCCGUGCGUCCCAUGGUAACAUGAUGAGACACAGCAGGAUUUCAGAGAUCUCUCUGGAGGUGGCGGAGGAGGGUGGGCCGUCAGCGGAGAGCGAGAGAGCCUAUCAGAUCGAGAAGUGCGUGUGUCCCACCGGCUACUCGGGACUGUCCUGUGAGGAGUGUGCGGCCGGGUUCUACAGGCUGUGGGUUAGAGCGGGCAGUGAUGUGUCGGGCAUUGGCAGCUGUGUGCAGUGCCAGUGCCAUGGACACAGCAACACCUGCGACCCCGAGACUGGCGUCUGCCAGAACUGUCAGCACCACACUGAAGGCGAAAAGUGUGAGAAAUGUUUGGCGGGAUUUUACGGAGUGAUACGUGGUUACCCUGACGACUGUAAACGCUGCGCAUGUCCUCUGACCAGCCUUGAGAACAAUUUCAGCCCCACCUGUGAGGCAGACGGCUUUAGUGAUUACCGCUGCACCGCCUGUCCUGAAGGAUAUGAGGGAAAGCACUGUGAGAGGUGUGCAUCAGGUUUCCAUGGUAACCCCCAGGUGGUGGGUGGGCAUUGCGAGGAGUCCUGUGAUGAUGACUGUGUGGGACUCCUCAUUAGAGACAUGGACCGCCUGCUGCAUCUGAUCACUAGUGCCAAUCUCACACUGCCCCUCCCCCCACCGUACAGAGUGCUCUACCGCUUUGAGAACAUGACUGAGGAACUAAAGCACAUGUUGUCACCACAGAGGGCGCCAGAGAGACUGCUGCAGCUCGCUGACAGCAACCUGGGUAGCCUGGUCACAGAGAUGGAUGAAUUACUGAACAGGGCUACAAAGGUGUCAGCUGACGCAGAUCAGACACAUGAUGAUGCAGAGAGGAGCCACAACCGCGCUGAAGACCUGGAGAACUUCAUCAAGAACACACUCCUCGCAGCUGAAGCUCUGCGGGACAAGGCUCGGGAGCUGAACGCGACGCUGAGCCGGAGGGAUGGAGAGGAGAAGAGUGUGAAUGAGAUACAGGAUGAGAUAAAGGCCAUGCUCACCGAACUCCGUAAACGCCAGCUCAGCCCACACACACACACUGCAGAAGAGGAGCUCAGAGCUGCAGAGGCUCUCCGUGCGAGGGUGGAGAGACUGUUUGGAGCCUCUCACCAGGCUACAGAGCUCCUGAGGGAGGAGGUUGGGAGGAAGAUGGAGGAUUACGGGAACAAGCUGACCGAGGCACAGGACCUCCUGAAGGAGGCGCAGGGACACAGCAGACAGGCUGAGGUCCUGUCCUAUAACAACCAGCGCAACUUGGAGAGCCUGCAGGGAAAACAGGAACAAGCGAAUAAAGGCAGAAAGGAGGCAGAGGGAAUACUGGAGGACAGCGAGACCGUACUGGAGGAGGCAAACGCACUCUCAGACACCAUCAACCGGGGCAUCGAGGAGCUGGGUGAGAUGAAGCAGGACUUGGUUCCUGUCCAGGACGAGCUGGAAGACAAGGUGGGACAUCUGAGUAGAGGCCUUCAGGAUCGAACACUGCCACGGCUACUGCAGACAGCAGAGCAACAUGCACACCAGUUAAACCAGUCAGCCAGCAUACUGGACAGUAUCCUGGAGGAGGCUAAGAACGUCUCCUUCAAUGCCACAGCAGCGUUUAAGUCCUAUAGCAACAUCAUGAACUUCAUCCAUGAGGCAGAAAAAACAGCCAAACAGGCCAAAGGCACUGCCAUGCAGGCAGUGCAGCAGGCUGUGGGUCCUAAGGGUUCUCUGAAAGACAGCGCCAGGAGUUCUCUGCAGAAGAGCCAGCAGCUCUGGAGAGAGGCGGACGAGCUGGACAGAGACGUCAGAGAGAACGCAGAGAACUUGGGAGCCCUGCAGCUCCGGCUUAAAGGAGCUGAAGAGAAGAACAGAGACCUGCUCGAGGGCCUGAACAUAACCAUGGCGAUCCUCCACGCCUUCCCUAACGACACGGCGUCUAAGAUCCAGGCCACGAAGCAGAAGGCGGGAGAGGCGAACGCCACGGCGCUGGACGUCCUGGAGCGUCUCAGAGACGUGAACCUCAACCUCAUGGGCCUGAAGAGGAACUACAGCAGACUGGAGGAUGACGUCAAGAAGGCCAACAGCCUCAUCCAAGACCCCGAGAAAAACACGAUAAUCCAUGCAGCUGGGGCUAAGGUGAGGGACCUAGAAGAUGAAGCUGAUCGUCUCCUGGAGAAACUGAAGCCCAUCCAGGAGCUACAGGAGAACCUGCGGAAAAACAUCUCCCAGAUCAAAGAACUCAUUAAUCAGGCCCGCAAGCAGGCCAACUCUAUCAAAGUAUCUGUGUCGUCUGGGGGUGACUGCAUUCGCACAUACCGGCCGGACAUCAAGAAGGGCCGUUACAACGCCAUCGUCCUCAACGUGAAGACCGUCGCUGCCAACAACCUCCUCUUCUACCUCGGCUCCGCCAAAUAUGUGGAUUUCCUGGCAAUUGAGAUGAGGAAAGGAAAAGUGAACUUCCUGUGGGAUGUGGGUUCAGGGGUCGGCCGGGUGGAAUACCCCGACCUCCUCAUUAACGACGGCAACUGGCACCGAAUUGAAGCCUCACGUGUGGGUCUGAACGGCAGUGUCUCUGUUCGAGCUCUGGAGGGACCCCGAGCGGGCAUCAUGCCCACCUGGCAGAGUGCCAACUCUCCCGAGCACUACACCGUGCUGGACGUGGAUCAGAACGCCUACCUGUUCGUGGGAGGCAUGCUGGGAAAUGUGAAGAAAGCAGAAGCUGUGAAAACAGUUACAUUCUCUGGAUGUAUGGGAGAGACGUAUUUGGACGGUAAACCCAUCGGCCUGUGGAACUACAGAAAGAGAGACGGAGACUGCAAAGGAUGUGUAGUCAGUCCUCAGCCAUCAGACUCUGAGGGUACGGUCCAGUUUGAUGGUGAGGGUUACGCUGCAGUCAGUCGCCCCACACGAUGGAACCCCAACGUUUCCACGGUGACGUUCGCUUUCCGAACCUUCUCCAGUGAUGCCCUGAUGAUGUACCUCGCUACCAAGGACAGGAAGGACUUUAUGAGUGUGGAGCUGGUUGAUGGUCAUGUGAAGGUCAGUUAUGACCUGGGUUCAGGUACAGGCUCCGCCCUCAGCGACAGACGCCACAACACUGGACACUGGAAGAGUGUCAUCGUGUCCCGCUCACGAAAACAAGGGACGGUGACCAUUCUGGGGAUGGGGACAGACAUGGAGGAGAAGCUGUCUGUGGAGUCUCCGGGCGGAGCUAGCGGCCUCAAUCUGAAGGAGGACGACAGGAUCUUCUUUGCGGGCCUGCCCCCCCUACUCUACAGGCCUGAGGUGACUGUGAAGCGGUACGCUGGCUGUAUUAAAGAUAUAGAAGUUUCCAGAACUCCCUACAACCUUCUGAGCAGCACGGACUGCACUGGACUGACCAAGGGUUGCUCCAUAGAGAAUCUGCACACUGUGAGUUUCUCCAGGCCGGGCUAUGUGGAGUUGAGUCCUGUGCAGUUUGAUGUGGGCUCUGAGAUCACCCUGUCCUUCAGCACCAGGACAGACAGCGGGACCAUCCUGUUCGGCCGAGGGGGGGUCACCACCCUGACCGGGAGCCGCCCGAACCGGAACACGGCCCAGAACGCUCGUCGCAGACGCAGGCAGACGGGCGAACCUUACCUCUCUGUGCAGCUGAAUAAGGGCUCCCUGGAGGUGUUGGUGUUUACUGGGAGCAGGAACCCCCGGCGAGCGCUCAGGAAGCCAGACGAGGGCGUCCUUCACGACGGCCGCGAGCAUUCCCUACGCGUCCGGAGACACAGUGGAGGGUCUUUCUCAGUGCAGGUGGAUGAGGAGCCCCAGUUGGAGCAGGCGUUUCCUAGCGACCAGCCCAUGAGCAUCCACAGGUUGUUUGUGGGUGGAGUUCCAGUGGAGAUGGAGGCCAGUCUGCACCGACCGAAUGUGACGUUCCAAGGCUGCAUCUGGAACCUCCUUAUCAAUACUGUCCCAGUGGACUUUUCUCAUCCAGUGGCUUUUGAGAAUGCUGAAAUUGGGCAGUGUCCUGACUUUGCCCUGCCCCCUCCCCCACCUGACAAGGAAGAGGAGGAAGAUGAGGAUGAGGAUGAGGAAAAGGGACAACCCAAACUGGAACACGUAGCCCCACCCAUGGAGACUGUUAGGAUACUACCUUCACCUUCCACGGUCCAGUGUGCGGCAGAGGCGGAGCCUGUGGUCUUGGAAUUAGCAAAGCAGUUUGGCCUGUCACGGAACAGCCACUUGGCGUUCGAGUUCGACGACAAGAAAGUGAAAAACAGCCUGCUGGUUGAGUUCGAGCUGAAGACCCAGGCAGACUCAGGCUUGGCGUUCUACAUGGCGCGGGUGAACCACGCCGACUUUGCCACGGUUCAGGUGAGAGAGGGCAUGGCCCACCUCAGCUUCGACCUGGGCAGCGGAAACACGUCUGUCAGCGUCCCGCGCAUCAUCAACGAUGCCCACUGGCACAAGAUACGAGUAUGGCGGGAUAAGCAGCGAGGUAUCCUGACUGUGGACGGCCGGUACUCCAAACAAACUGUCAGUCCUAAGAAAGCCGAUAUCCUGGAUGUAGUUGGGAUGCUGUAUGUUGGAGGACUUCCACUGAACUACACCACCAAACGCAUUGGACCGGUGGUGUACAGCAUCGAUGGCUGUAUCAGAAACUUCCGGAUGCGGAAUGGGCCAGUAGACAUGGAGAACCCGGUCUCAAGCUACCGGGUGGGGUCGUGUUUCGCCAACCCUCAGCCUGGCUCCUACUUCGAUGGCACUGGAUACGCUAAAGCAGUGGCCACAUACAGAGUAGGUAACGACAUGUCAGUAGAUCUGGAGUUCCGCACAAGCAGUAGCAGCGGAGUUCUACUGGCCAUCAGCAGUCAGAAGAUGGAUGGCGUGGGCAUCGAACUGAACAACGGCAGGCUCCUGUUCCAUGCUGAUAACGGAGUGGGCCGCGUCUCAGCUGCCCACCAACCUGAUGAGGAGGCGGGGCUUUGUGACGGACAGUGGCAUUCUGUCACCGCCCACAAGCUGAAGCACCGCCUGGAACUGAUCGUCGAUGGCAAGAAGUCAGAGGCAGCGAGCCCAGAUGCCCGCUCUGCCUCCGCCGACACCAAUGACCCUGUCUAUGUGGGAGGAUACCCCGAGGGCUUAAAGCAGUUUGGCCUGACCAUCAGCACCUCGUUUAAAGGCUGUAUGAGGAACGUGAAACUCACUAAAGCAGGAAAGGUCCUGGAGGUUCAGCUGAACAAAGCACUGGACCUCAAAGGAGUCCAGCCUCUCACCUGUCCCACUGUAUAGUUACACACACACACAUCACACACAUCAGUGCACAUACACAGACACACACACACACACACACACACACACACACUCACACACACAUUGACAUAUACACAUACAUAGACGCACACACGUAUAUAAAGUCUCACAUAUCUUGUUAAUUCAAUAUCAUAUGUGAUGUUCUGGUGACAUGACUAUGAAUCGAAAAAAAGAAUCAAAUGAAGACCCUUACCAAAGAUUCAUUUUGAAUGUCCUCGCUGAUAUCCAUCACCACAGCAACAAAAGUGGCAUGGCCCUCCUCUUCUGUUGGCUCAGUGGGCUAACCAGCAACAGGAAGAAGUGAUGUGUGUAAGCGGACUGUUGGAGAGACUCUGUCACCUUUAGGUCCGACUCCAGUCACGGAUGGUACCAUAUACCUCCAUCGCUGUUUCAAACAUACGUCCAUUCCUGGGUUGCAAUUAGAUUAAUUAAAUAAUUACACACAUUUAAUGCACCCCUAAAAUAAAAUGUUUAUUUAACCUUGA